UUUUUAAAUUGAUGACAAUCAUUAUUACUUUUGAUAUUAUUUAAUUUGUCUUUUACUCAUUUAUUUCCCACCCAAUAUAAAUAAAUGAGUAAUUAAAAUGGAAAUCUGCUUCAUGGAACACAUUUCUGCAAUUUGUCUAACGUUAACAUUUCGGUGCUCUUUGCUUUCAGCCGGAGAAAAACGUAAGGUGAGUGCUGCCACCUAGUAGUCACCUCAAAUAGUUCGAGUAUCAUUUUGCAUUCUGAUCUAAAAAUAUCCAGAGUAGAACAUAUUUGAGCAGUUAUCUUGUGACUAUGUCCACAAACGAAGGGCAUUUGAUUUAGAAGUUUAUUCGCAUGAGUUUUACUUAAAAGAAAUGGGUCCAGUUUUUGUAAUUUGCUUGACAUUUGUUUAAAUUCCAGAGGAACUCACAACAGUUCCAGUAAAGGGGUGUUAUGUCCAAGGACACAUUUCCAUUCUCCUCUACCUCACUAUGUUCUCUCAGACUGGAGCAGGAGCUCCAGGACUGGGAGGAUGAACGGCGAGCUUUGGCUAAUAGGAGAGCCAUGAUCAUGCCCCCACUGCCUCGGGCCCCCCGACUCCCUCCAAGGCAGCAGCGGCUCCAGGUCAGAACCCCUCCACCCCAGAUCCGCUGCAGAGACACAAGUAUCCACAACACCUUUAUGUUCGGGGACAUAAAAGGAGUUUACACUGUGCUGAAGGACCCUGCGAUGGUCAACGCCCUGAUGGAGACAGUGCAUGAGGAGAUGGUGUGGGCUCCAGAAAUGGGCAUGUGGACCCUGAGCUCCAAGGUGAAACAAACAUCGGGCUUACGCCUGGCUGCCAGCCGGGGACACACAGCAUGUGUGGAGGAGCUGCUGUUCCGUGGAGCAGAGGUGAACGCCGACCCUGGAGGUAACACUGCACUCCACGAUGCCUGCUUAGGUGGCCACUCUGACUGUGUCCAGCUGCUGCUAUCCCAUGGAGCAGAUCCUGAGGUGCUGGACGCAGAUGGCAGCGCGCCUCUUCACCUCUGUACCUCUGCCCAGUCAUUCCACUGUGCUAAGCUGCUUUUAGAAGGUGGUGCAGACAUCAACAUGAGGAGCAGAGAGUCGAGGCUCACACCUCUGCAUGUGGCUGCUCAACGAGGCCUGGAAGAGCACAUCGAGCUCUUUCUAAGCCAUGGAGCAGAUGUAUUAGCAACAAAUCGAGAAGGGGAGACCCCGCUGAACGCUGCAUGCUCUGGAGCCGAGAGGCCAUCUGAAGCUGGGAGGUACCGCCGUGUGAUCCAGAAGCUGCUGGGUGCAGGAGCCAAUCCCCAAACUGCUGGCAGGAAGCAACACACACCGCUGCACAACGCCUGUGCAAACUGCUGCCCCAGGAUUGUAGAUGUCCUUCUGCAGCAUGCAGCAAGGGCUGAUGUUGAGAACUGUGCAGGAUACACACCAAUGGACUGUUUGCUUCAGGUUGUGGAAGAUUACCCGACUCAGGAAUCUGAAGCCAUAGUACGAUCCCUUCUGAACUAUGGAGCCAAACCUGUUUCACCAAAGAUACUGAAACAGUUGACCUUCUAUCCUGAUGUCCUGGGGGUGAUGUUGAAUUCGUACACAUCUAUCCCACCCUGUGAGUGGUUAGACUCCCCAUCUCCUGACACGUUGCCCCAGGAGCACCUGCCGUUCUUCCGCUCAGUGCGUCAGUGGAGCGGUCAGCCUCGAUCCCUGCAGCAUCUCUGUCGAUGUGCUUUGCGUCAGCAUUUAGGAGCCCGGUGUCACUUAGCUGUCUGUAAUCUGGACAUUCCUGGCUCAGUGAGGGAUUAUCUGCUGCUCUGCAACAACGGGACACUCCAGUAAAUGUUGAUACUGCCAUAUCGACAGUGUUCUUGCAUUGAGCUAUUUAUGGCCUUUACAUCUUAAAAAUUAUUGUUAAGGAUUUUAAAUUCAAAUUGUGAUACAUGUUCUUUAUUAAAAGUCAUGUUAAAAGGCUGCAUGAUAGUACAGUGGAUAACACAGAUUCCUUAUAAUUUAAAUUAGCCUUGGUCCUCACACGAGAUGCUGUCCAGCCCUGAUAUACAGUGCCUUGGAAAAGUAUUCAUACCCCCUGAACCUUUUCCCAUUUGUCACAUUAAUACCACAAAUAAAAAUUUGAAAGUG